GGAGGAGCCGGGCUCCUUUCCGGAGAGGCCGACCGCGCCGGCAUGAAGGCGAGGAGAGCGAAUUAGGAGAAGCCGACGGGCGACGCGAAGGGGAAGGCGGCCCCGGAGGCGCCCAACAAGGCCCGGUCGGCUGAGGCGGCGCUGCUCUCGGCCUCUUUUUUUUGGGCGGCCCGGUGGAGGAUUUAGGAUUUGAAAAGGCACUGAUUGGUUUUUAAGCUUGAAAGCGUCACCAUGUCCAAAGAGGUAAAGGAACGGUGGCUGGCGGUGAUGGAUACAGUACAUAGCAACUCACAUGUGGUUGCGUUUAUGAAUUCCAGAGUCGGCCAGUAUUUAGAUGAUCACCCUUUCGUUGCCCUCUCCCUGAUGGUAUUUAUUGCUGCCUCGGCCGUCCCCAUUGCGUUUUUCCUGGUUUUUGUCGUCAGUACCACGGUCCUGGCAUGCAUUGGAGUGAUCGUCAUGGAAGGUUUCGUAAUAUCCUUAGGUGGCGUCACCUUGCUUUGCAUUCUUGGUGGAUUGGGCAUGCUGUCGCUGCUGGUUUCCGGAAUGCUGAGCGUUUGUUACCUGUCUCUUACAACCCUGCUCAGCUACUGGCCCAUUCAAGAGGGCCCAAUGAAGAGAGAGAAUGCCAAUGGAAGCGGUUUUGUCUCCAAGAUCCUUUUUGACGAAGAACCAGAAACGACUAACAAGGAGUGCGAAUAAAUUGGAUAGCGGCUCAAAAUGUCUCCGACAUUAGCACUUUAGGGGUGGGGGAAAUAUAGCUGGGAAAAACAUCCUUGUUACUGUAUUCUAUAGAAUUGUUUACCCCCCCGAGAGGAUCAGGGUUCAGCUUCUUAUUACGGGAAUUAGAGACGGAUUUCUCCAGAGGCUGCCGCGGAGAUAGCGGAGCCCUCGCUCCAAUUAUUUCGGGAACCUUCUCGGCAGCUUUUAGGCAGGCCUUUCCACGUACGGCUGCUCCUGGAGUCCAGGAACCCAACAACCUUGUUGAAUUUAACAUGGGAAGUAGGACAGGGGGAAUGUCUUUAAGCCCGACUGCACUGUUGGCGACAGCAAAUGGAACAGACACCAAAUUAAAGCCGGUGCAUCUCUUCCUGAUUGCGUUUCGGUUGGGGUUAGGUCAAACAUUUUUGAUUCUUUCUUUCUUGAGUAUUGGGGAAUUGUGUUUUAUCAUUUGUUUUUCUGUUGUAUUUAGCAGCUUGGCAGAAAGCUGGUUGGUUAAGCACAGGGGCUUCUCCUAUGC